CCCCCGGCCUUAUUAGGAGGGAGUCCUGCGCAGGCGCAGAGGCGGCCGCAGCCUGAGGGGCGGGGGCGGUCCAGUGAGAGACUCUCCGUCAGGCACUGAGGGUGAUUGGGAGGAAAGAGGCCAGCGAGAGGCUUGUCAUGGGGAUCCGAGGUACGAGACGGCAUUGGUAGCAUCUGGUGACUCCGAGGGGGACAGGAAGUGUCAACGCCCGGGACCCCGGCGCCAGCUCCGCUGGGGGGAUCCCCGCUGCUCUAGUCCUGAGGAGGGAGGGGGAAAAGGAGGGAGCCCCGAUCUCGCCCCGCCCCUGGGCUUGUUACCGCGGGGGCGGGGAGUGAGGGCUUCUUUUGCGGGGAGUAGAGAUCGGGGGACUCGGCUGUGCCCUCUCGAGCGGCUGCCGGUGUCCCCGCGGCGCCGGGCUGACGAGCAGAGGAGCCGCGGCGGCCGUGGCUGUUGCAUGUGUGGCUGCUGGAUGCGGAGGCGGCGGCGGCGGCGGCGGCGAGGAGCAGCAGCGGCGGCAGGAUGUUAGGGCAGCAGCAACAGCAACUCUACUCGUCGGCCGCGCUCCUGACCGGGGAGCGGAGCCGGCUCCUCACCUGCUAUGUGCAGGACUACCUCGAGUGCGUGGAGUCGUUGCCCCACGACAUGCAGAGGAACGUGUCCGUGCUGCGAGAGCUGGACAACAAAUAUCAAGAAACAUUAAAGGAAAUUGAUGAUGUCUAUGAAAAAUAUAAGAAAGAAGAUGAUUCAAACCAGAAAAAACGCCUCCAGCAGCAUCUCCAGAGAGCAUUAAUCAAUAGUCAAGAAUUGGGAGAUGAAAAAAUUCAGAUUGUCACACAGAUGCUCGAAUUGGUGGAAAAUCGGGCAAGGCAAAUGGAGCUACAUUCACAGUGUUUUCAAGAUCCUGCUGAAAGUGAGCGAGCCUCAGAUAAAGCAAAGAUGGAUUCCAGCCAACCAGAACGAUCUUCGAGAAGACCCCGCCGACAGCGAACCAGUGAAAGCCGUGAUCUGUGUCACAUGACGAAUGGGAUUGAAGACUGUGAUGAUCAGCCACCUAAAGAAAAGAAAUCCAAGUCAGCCAAGAAAAAGAAACGUUCCAAGGCCAAGCAGGAAAGGGAAGCUUCGCCUGUUGAGUUUGCAAUAGAUCCCAACGAACCUACAUAUUGUUUAUGUAACCAAGUGUCUUAUGGGGAAAUGAUCGGAUGUGACAAUGAACAGUGUCCAAUUGAAUGGUUUCACUUUUCAUGUGUUUCACUUACCUAUAAACCAAAGGGGAAAUGGUAUUGCCCAAAGUGCAGGGGAGAUAAUGAGAAAACGAUGGACAAAAGUACUGAAAAGACAAAGAAGGAGAGAAGAUCGAGGUAGUAAAGGCCAUCUGCAUUUUAAAGGGUUAUUUGUCUUUUAUAUAAUUCUUUCAGAAUUUACUUUCAGAAAAUGUUUUAGGGUAAAUGCAUAAGACUAUGCAAUAAUUUUUAAUCAUUAGUAUUAAUGGUGUAUUAAAAGUUGUUGUACUUUG